GAUUUCGUACCGAUUUCUCGUCGCGUUCACCAUCGUGAACACAAGGCUUUGAGAAGUGUACUCGCGCGCCAUCGUAUCGCGGCGAGAGGAGAGGCGUGAGUUUCGAUGUUGGCAGCCUACCGAGAUAAUAGUUGGGACAUUCACAUCGGAUAUCGCACAAGUGAGACCUUGCCGUCGAGCCGUUAACGGAGACGAAACUGUCGUCUGUGCUCGUGUAAUCAAUGCAGGCGCGCUUGGUUUUAAUUACCGCCGGAGAAACACGACAUGAAUAACGCGUAUUGCCGCGAAGAACCGGUUUAGAGAAUAAUCUCGUCGGCUACACGACUGCUGCCUCGCCCGCUUUCAAGGAAUCGUUUGUAAAAAAGGAAUGCGACCUUGAGAAUAAAAACGAUUAAUGUAUACAACGAAGUUAAAUUAUUAAGUGCAAGUGGUUAUUUCGAAUUAUUUUUUGUUUUACCACGUUACUCCACUAAUUAUACACACAGUUGCUGCAUUUAGUAGUAAACAAGACUCGUCUAUUUUUUGUGUAAUUGAACGUGUAAUUGCAUUAAGCAGUUCUGUGUAUGUUAUAUCGCUACAGAACAUACAGAGUACUAUAAGAAAUAUAAAAAAAAAUCAAAGUGAACCUAUGGUGACUCGGCAAAUAUAAACCGAUGUUGUUUUACAUUAUGGAAUCAUCACUUAGGUGCAAAUUACUGAAAGUUAAAACCCAAGCCGCUUCCAUAGUUUAGUUUAGUGCGUGUGUGACCGCCGGGCAAUUCAUGUCGCACUAUCUUUCGUAACGCCACUCACAUAUCAAGUUAUCUAGUUCCGGUGAAUACACACAUCAUUCAAACAUAUUUUCUUAAUACGUUGGCACAUACGUUUAUUAUCGUCUUUCUUUUGUUGAUGUAAAAAUUAUCGGGCGUGCAAGUGGAAUGAAACUAAAGUGUUUUGAAACUAUCUCACGCUAUAUUCACGGAAUUUUCCAUUAGUUUAAAAAGAAAGAAAUAAUUUUAACGAAUGCACGGCGUCGAGACGCAAAUCUAGAAAGAUAUUCGUGGAGGAGGAAUCUCAGUAUCGUGCAUGGGUGCCGUCUCAUCGUCGACGAUAUAAUUCGAUAGUCUUCAUCGAGCAGUUGAAUGUGCGGGCGAGCGAAACCGAAUUGGUGAUUAUAUCGAUACGGAAACAAACGACGAAAACGGCGACGCUGGCGCAACGAUUUGAAACGUAAUGGUCAUCAAUGUCAUCGAUUCAUUAACCGAGGUCACAUUGAAUAUUCAAAAUGAUGGAGAUACGCGUGAGAUACUUGUUUGCUAUAAUGCUAUGCAUUGCAAACAUGAUUAUUUACGGACUGAAAGUGAAUAUAGCAACGGCUAUCAUUGGUAUGGUGAAGAAAAAGCCAGGUGUAAUAGACUGGUCGGAUGAGUGCCCGGAAUUUGAUGUUCCUGGAAAUACCGCCACCGAUAUUAAUGGUCCAUUCGAUUGGACGCCAAGCCAGCAGGGUUUGGUCAUUAGUAUAUACUUUGCUGGAUACCUUGUCGGUAUGUUUCCAUCGGGGUAUUUGGCGGAUCGGUUUGACACGAAACUCGUACUGUUAGUCUGCGUGCUGGUAAAUGGAAUCCUAACAUUAUUGGUGCCGAUCGCGGCGAGCGAGAUAACCGUGCUAUACAUUGUGAGAUUUUUUACCGGACUUGUGAGCUCGGCCAAUCUUCCUAUAGUAAACGUUCUUCUCGGAACAUGGGUCGUGUACGAGGAGAAAAGCACGUGGGUCGGUAUCAUAUACGCUGGAACGUCGCUCGGCACUGUGAUAUCCAUUCUUACCUCGGGAUUGAUAUUAAAUUACGUGGGCUGGGAGGCUAUCUUUUACAUCCAUGGAUCGCUACCGUUGAUCUGGUGUGUGAUUUUUUAUAUAUUUUUCGCCGGUUCUCCGGAAAAACAAAAGUACAUAUCGGAGCAGGAAAGAUCGUUCAUCGUGAGCUCGUACGGCCAUCGUACGCCCGGCUCUUCAAAGAUGAAGAUUCCAUGGAAAAAUAUAUUCACAUCGACACCAUUUUUGGCUCUGGUCGUUACGAACACCUUAGGCAACUUUUGUUGGUACUUUUUGCUCACUCAACUGCCGCUUUACAUGAACAAGAUAUUGCGAUACGAUAUCCGAUCGAAUGCUGCUAUCGUUUGCACACCGUAUCUCGUGAAUGCCUUCACUAAUCCGCUAAUCGGAAGAGUUUUAGAUUGGGGAAGAAGAAAGGGAUAUUGGUCGCAGACUGUUGCUCGUAAAAUUGCUGUGUUCAUAAGUACUGUACCACCUAGUGUUUUCCUUAUUGUAAUCGCGUACGUUGGUUGCGAUCGUUUGACAUCAACCGUGCUACUAACUCUUAGUAUAGUAGUUUGCGGUGCUAUAUUCGUUGGUCAUCUUUGUAAUCAGAAUGACCUGGCCCCGAAUUACGCAGGAAUCCUCAUGGGUAUUACAAAUACUCCGGGCACCAUUUCCGCCUUUAUUCUGCCACCGAUAGUCGGUGCUCUCGUAGCAGAGGGACAUACCAUGGCGCGUUGGAGGAUCGCAUUCUGGAUUACCAUCGUCUGCCAGAUUUUCGCUUUCAUAGUAUUUGCGGCCUUCGGCUCAGCCAAAAUUCAACCGUGGAAUUAUCCGGAACCGGAGGUUGAAAACUGGGACGAAGAUAUACAACCGCAACAACAAGAACAGCAGCAACAAGAAACGAAGACUUGAAUAUAUAUCUUUGUAUAGGUCUUAUUAAAAGGUCAAGAGAAGUGUUUUUUUACAAGAAUCUAUCGUCUAGUGCGAUGACGAGAAAUGUUGUUUAGAUAAAUUGAAUAAGUACGAUGAAAUAAUUUAAAAUGCAAUCGAGAACUUUGUGAAUUUUAUAUAACAUUCCACAUAUUUACACUUAAACUUUUUUUUUUUAUAUUUUGAUACCUCUCACUAUUAACCAUUUUUUAAGAAUUUAUUGAGAUUGAUUAGCGGAUGUAAUACUUAAUUGUUACUUCAUAUGUUAUAUAUAUAUAUAUAUAUAUAUAUAUAUAUAUAUAUAUAUAUAUAUAUAUAUAUCUGUUUAAUAUCCAUGUACAUUGAUAAUCUUCUAAAGUGUAUAUUUAAGAAGAAAUUCUUGAUAAUAUGUUUUGCGAUAUUGUCAAUUGCUAAAGUUUUAACUGCCUUAUACGGGCGACAGUUUUUUUAAAAUUUAGAUUGUACAGUAUAUGUAUACAUGUAUGCAAAAAGUGUCAAAUAUAUAAUCGUAUAUAUUCAUUA